GAGCUCAGUCGCUGUUUCCCGGUGCGCGGUGCAACACGUGAAUUGAUUUCGCGGCCGGCGCACCGAGAGUUUCUUCCGGCCACCGGUCGAUCCACGACGCACGUAUCACAGCUGAUAUCCGCCGUUACGUACCGGCCGUCAGCGUUUACCAGCUCGCGCCGCGCCGCGCCGAAUCUCCCCGCGCGGGCUCGGCCCUCUCUCGCGCGCGCCUACGCUCGCUUCGUCGCCGCUCUCGCGCGCGUCCGCGCCCUACCCGUCUGCCCACCCGCGGGAAUCUCGAAAAGCCCGCAGAAAGCCGAGCCGAAAGUGGAGCGAAAGCAGGAGGGAGCGAGCGUGCAUGGCGAGCAGGUAGACGAGGAGGAGGGACGGGCCGGCGGCAAGGGUGGGAGGGGGACACUCGCCACCGCGCGCGCGGUUAAUUGCGCCUCGCGAGAUUGCCAGCCGUGCGAGAGGGGUGAGCUUCGAUUUGCGCGGCAUGGAGACCCUCGAGUCGAGUCGCGUGUGCCGUCUCUGCGGCCAGCACUCCGGUAUCUCCAUCAACAUCUUCGAUGAGAACGAGAACCACAUCAGGAAGAUCAACGCCGUACUGCCGAUUAUGGUGCACGAGAUGGACUUGCUGCCGAAGCAGAUGUGCCAUCGGUGCAGCUACAAACUGGAGGAAUUCCACAAGUUUUACGUGAACUGCCUGAAGACUGACGCUGCGCUCAAGAGCCAGUUGUCGUGGAUGCGGAAGAGCCGCGGCAGGGAGAAGAUCGGCGUGCCGAUGGUGCACAUCGAAAAUGUGAAGAUCAAGGCGGAACCGCUCGACUACGACGUGUUCGAUCUCGAGCCGCUGGUGGAGAACAUCGACUACAUUAACUCGAUGGGCCCGGUGGCGUUUCCGGCCGACGGCAUUCACGACGAGCUGACCUACGCGACGUUCUCGCGCUGUCAAUGUUACUGUGAUAAAGACCAAAGCAGAUCGGGGCGAACCGCGGCGGAGUUCUGUCGCGAUUACGAGGAAUCGGUGUCCAGAUGCGGCAAGAUCGCGGACAAUUCGCGAAAGAGGACUCUCAAGAACACCAGGCUGAGACCGAUCCUGAGGAAAACGCUGCUGCCGGGCUGCCUGCAGAAGCGCUCGUCGCACGUCAACGUCGCCGAUGCGCGGGAUCGCUUGGCGACCGUUAUCGGUCUCAAGAACGACGUGUCCUCUUUGGAAACGCAUAACUGUCUUCGCGGUAGAUCCGUGACAGUUGCCGAAAAUCCGACAGCUUCUAAGAGCACGAUAGUGCGGAAUUUGAGACCCAGAAGAAAUCUCGUGGACUACGCAUCAGUUAAGAAGAGGACAUCGAGCGUGAAUCCGAGACCCGCGAGCAAGUCGGACGUGCCUACUUCGACGAUGAGACUCGCGCUGGACUUCGAGCCGACGCGGCAGAUCAAAGAGGAGCAGCUAGAAGAGUUCGAAGGGCGGCGAACGUUGAGACCGAGGCGGAACCUCGUGGACUAUCACGGGCCGAAGAAGAGAAAGUUCUCGGAGUAUCGCGGCGAGACGUGCGAGGUGUUCAAGAACACCUUUCCGCUCUGUCCCGCGAAGAAGAGGACGCAGCGGUGCAGCGAGAAGCCCUCGAAACACGAGAGCGCGCCGGAUAUUCUGAAUCUCAAAGUAAAACAGGAAGCUCUGGACGAUCUCGAGGACGCGAUGCUGAACGAAGCGACCGGCGCGGCGUCUCGAUUAUCGGGCACGACGGUCGCCGGUUUUCCCGCCAAGACCGAACCACCGACGGGCGACGUCGAUCCGCGAGACGACACGACGGACUACUUCAAGUUCCAGUUGGCCAAGGGAAAGUCGCUUUCCAACAUUGUGAGAAACAGACUGGCCAGAACGAAGAAGGUGUGCCGGCUGCCCGGGGCGAAUUAUUCGCCCAAGUGCCUGAGGAGUCAGGACACUUACCUGAGGAACGGCAAGCCGAGGAAGAGCGACCACGCGAAGUGGUCGGUGAAGAGGCCGCAGACGAAGAAGCUGAUGGACGCGGUUGCCAAGCGCGCCAAGAAAGUGCCGCCGACGGUGCUGAAGCUGGCCGAGAGCAUCAAGCACUACUGUGACACGUGUAACGUCAGUUUCAUAAACAAGGAAUUGUUCAGGCUACACACGUGCUACUACGAUUGAUCUUUGUGGCUGAAUUCUUUGAUCUUUCAACUACCUGUUAAGCAGCUCGAUAAGGCCGCGUUGCGGGCCGCUUGAUGGAUACCCCGAAAGAUUAAAAUCGUGUUCCAAGUGUCUCUGCUAUGUCUGAGGAAAGAUUAGAUGAAGAUUAUGAUUGUUAAUCAUAAAGAUUAUGGAUAUUAUUUAAACAGAUUGUUUCGGCGAAUUUUUAUCUCCGGAUACCUCGAAAUGGAAGAGGUUCAAUUUUUUUUUAAGUUUGGAUAUUUCAAAGAUAACGAGACGACUGUUCAGAAAAAUAAUGUGCCUGUCUCGAAAAAUUUGACCAAAUUUUGUUUAUUUUUUUGCAACAUUGACAAAAGCUGUUCUAAAAAAUUUUUGAUAUUCUUUUUUUUGCAUAAACUUUUUUUCUUUUUUUAAUUUUAAAAUUAUGGAAAAUUCUUAUUUUAUUUAAAAUUAUAAGUGCGGAGAUGAACGGAAAAUAAUCAAUUCCUUACGUGCAUAUUGUACUUUUUGUUUAUAUAUGAUAUUAUUACUUCUAUAAUAUCAUUUAUUGUUAACGAUCAUAAAUGUAUACUUACAUUUUGUUAAUCAACUUAUAUACGGUAAACUAUGACAAUUGUUGCAAUAUACGCUUAAGAUUUUAUGUAGGGAUUCACAAGUCGCCUUCAAAAAGAUUGAGAAAUAAAUAUAUGUACAUAUAUAAGUAGAAAUAUAUUUUAUGAGAAACCAGAGAGAUAUAUAUGUUGAUAUUUGAUAAGAACAAAUGAAUUGAAGUAACAACCGAUUUUUGAAAAAUUUCCCAUUAUAUGAAUAAAUAAGAUGCAAUAAUCGAAAAUCGCUUUCUUUACGCCACUUCGAAAAUUUAUAUAUUAAUAUAGCUAAUAUUUUUUAACAAUAUGCUUAAAAAUUUAUGGAGAUACAGAAACAUGUACAAUUUCUUUAUAAUUGAAGAAACUUAUUGAUCAACGCAUUAGUGCAAUUAAUAUAAGAAUUUAUUAUAUAAUUAAUAAUAUCCUUUCACUAUUGUUACAUACCAAAUAUAAUUAACUAAUAUUGUUGCAUCAACAAAUUCGAUUUAUAAUGAUUAUUGACACCAAACUACAUAAAUUUAUGUAA